AAAUGAUUAAUGAUUUUACAAGAAUUCAUUUGAAUUUUUUUUUAAUAAAAUCAUUUAUGCUAAAUGAGAAGAAAAUGUUUCAGUAAAAACAGAAAAUGUUUCAGUAAUAUAGCUGUUUUUAUUCUUCUUGUUUGGCAGAGGAAGUUAAGAGGUGCAUUAUUGAUUAAAGUUGUCUCAAAUGCUUCAUGCUUCCCAAUGAUAACCCAUUUUAGCAUGUUACUUCUGACUCUGGAUCACAGAGGAAACGUAGGACUUAGGUUUACUUGGGGAAUGAUAAAUACCAAAGAACAAGAAUGUUGGAACCUAUGGUUUCAAAGGAAGCCAAAGAAUCGUCCUCCACGCCAACACACAAAAAUAGAUUUAUCAAGAAACAAGUUCAUUCUUGAGUUUGUCUUAAACGGUAUAAAACCAGAAUAAAUAGAAAGAUCCCCCGUUUUGCGUAUCGUGUUAUGUCGUUUCUUACGUGCGGCUACCAUUUGCCCCAUAAUUUAUUUUGGGCUGUGGGGUUCGGCCAAUUCCAUUUUGAGUUGUGUUUGCUUGUUGAGGCCAGAAAAGUUAACAAGUCCAACCUAAGAAGCAACCCCAAAAUUCUCGAUUCCCACGCCUCUCUCUUAUUAUUUAUUAACCCCUAGGCCCAUUCCGUUCAUUUAUCAAUUCCUUCCUUUCGAGUUCCAACCAAACAGCGUCCUCCUCGCACUAUUCAUUUGGCGCCUGAAUUAAAAAACACGCGAAACCUGGGCCACCGAACUUUUGAAUCUGAGACCAUAGGAGAUGAUGGGUUAUGAUCUAACCGAUGAUAGAUCCGAGAUUGUCUUCUUCGACCUCGAAACUACUGUUCCCAGCCGAGCCGGUCAGGGUUUUGCGAUACUGGAAUUCGGAGCCAUCCUUGUCUGCUCCAGGAAACUGGAGGAGCUCCGGAGCUACUCUACCUUGGUCCGACCCGCUAACCCUUCUCUAAUCUCCUCUAGUUCCGUUCGCUGCAAUGGAAUCACUGCUGACGCAGUCAAAUCCGCCCCUACAUUCGCCGAGAUUGCAGACACUGUCUACGAAAUCCUCCAUGGGAGGAUUUGGGCUGGACAUAAUAUCCUGCGGUUUGAUUGUGUUCGAAUAAGGGAGGCGUUUGCUGAGAUUGCCAGACCACCGCCAGAGCCCAAGGGCAUUAUCGAUUCUUUAGCCUUGCUGACCCAGAAAUUUGGAAGAAGAGCGGGCAAUAUGAAGAUGGCUAGUCUGGCAACUUAUUUUGGACUUGGAAAACAGACACAUAGGAGCUUAGAUGAUGUCCGGAUGAAUAUUGAAGUUCUGAAGUACUGCGCAACGGUACUGUUCUUGGAGUCGAGCCUCCCAGAUGCAUUUCCAGAAAAAAGUUGGGUUUCACCUAAUGCUACUACCAGAAGUCGUAAAAAUGGAAAAGCACCUCUGGAGGGGCUUGGCAUAAAUAUAGAUGCACCCUCUUCAAGUUCAAGGUUUGAAAACAUUUCUCCUGAAGAUCGUGGAAAUGAGGGAAACCAUCCAUUAAUCGCCCUGCUGACAAGCGUUGCAUCCAAUACAUCUCCAGAUCCUUUUGACAUGGGCACUCUUAGCAAUGAAAUGCAUACCGACUCCCUUCAACAAGAUGUUGCCAUGGAAGAAAAACCUAUGACAGUCUCUUCUGAGAUGCCUUCAGCAGCAACUGAUCCUGAAGGUUGCAGUGGCAAUGCAGGAUUUUUAGUACCUGAAGAAGUUUCUGUUUCUUCUAUUAGGGCAUGUUUUCUUCCAUUCAAUCAUAGUGGUCAGAGAAUGGUAUUAUUCUACGAGGAUGUUAUUUUGCAGCUUUGCUCUCCUCAUUUAAGGGUACAGUUUGGAUUAAGUACAAAAUUUGCGGAUCAUGCGGGACGACCACGAUUGAGUUUUGUGGUUAAUGCAUCUCCAAGUUUGUGUAGAGUUCUUGAAGCAUGUGAUGAUAUUGUUCAGAAAUUGUUUGUUGAAUCAGGUGGCAGCUCUGAUUGGAGGCCUGUUUUGAACAGAAAACCUGGUUUCUUCAACUACCCUACAGUGAGACUGCACAUACCCACUGCAGUAAAUGAGGAUGUCGCCAAAUAUGCAACAGAGAUAUAUCAGAAAGAUCCUUCUGGAACCAUACAAAAACUUAUGUUCAGUAAGUUUGAUGCUGCAGAACUCGUUACCUGGUUCAGACCAGGGACCUUUUUGGAUGCCUACAUCUCCUUGCAUCCAUAUGACUAUCAGCAGAGUGCUGGCAUCAGAUUAGUGGCAAAGAAACUAAUCAUCCACAAAGAGUGAAGGGAGAAGUUUCUCUAACCUCUUCUUGAUGAUUGAAAGCAAUGUACAGUUGUAAGAAAUUAGACUAACAUAGACAGAUGAAAACAUCAGUUGACUGUUAGGGUAAGAUGUAAAAGGCAUGAAAAAUAAUUUAACAUUGUUUACAUGUAACUGCAAAAUUCUUUCAGAUUGUAAUUAUAAUAAUGUACAGUAACAACCCAUUUCUUUAUGUUGUCUUUGGAUUUGGAUUAUCACAUGAAUUGAAUUGUUAGUGAUGUUUUCGUGACUCAUCAA